AUGGCAACUUCUCACAAUGGACUAUUUCUAAAUCAAAGAAAGUAUAUCCUGGAUUUGCUCAAGGAAGUUAACAUGAGAGAUGCCAAACCUACAAUUACUCCUCUGGAUAGCAAGCUCAAACCUAGCUUGGAAGGCACCCCACUCACUGAUAUACGCCAUUAUCAGAGGCUUGUUGGUAAGUUGAUCUACCUAACAAUCACCAGACCUGACAUCACAUAUUCCGUAAGUGUCAUAAGCCAAGUCAUGCACUCUCCCACAAUUGAGCAUUUGAACCUUGUUAAGCGGAUAUUACGCUACUUAAAAGGGUCUAUGGGUCGUGGCAUCAUCAUGAAGAAGAAUGAAAACACACAACUCAUGGGAUAUUGCGACGCUGAUUGGACGGGAAACGCAAUUGACCGUAAGUCCACAACAGGUUACUGUACAUUUGUUGGUGGAAAUUUGGUCAAAUAG